AUGAGGCAGAUUCUGGCGACGGAGAGGCAGCACCGCAGCAGCGACAGAGGGCAGCACCGCAGCAGCGACGGAGGAGACGCAAUGGAGACGAAGCAGAGGAAGAGAGUCUUCGAAACUGAGAGGGACUGCGAGGAAGAGAGUGUUGCAACAAAACAGAAAAAGAAAGAACAGGAGAAUUUGUUGGAACUCACCAAGUUUAGGGCUUCUGGUUCCACAAAGGAAGCUGACAGCGGAGAGGAAGCUGACGGCAAGACUCGAAGCAAGAAGACAACAAUCACGACCAGCCCGGGACCUACUGCUUCUGUUGCCGGCGAUGACAAGCGCAGAAAAAAAAGGCGCGCGAGCGUGACUGAGUGCAAGACGGUGAUGACUCACACAGAAUGCGACGACCAGCUUCAGUGCGAGACUGAAAGCAGUGAGAGAAACCGGAGACGAGAGAGGAAGAGAGCUUGA